GGCCUAUAUGCGUGAUUGGCACCGUUUUCUCUUGCCAGUCUGUUGCGGGACCAGGACGGAGACAGCUCAGGGGGGUCUUCAGUGUCCACCCGGGACAUUUCGGCGAGCAUCUGCUAUUUCACACGCCCGUUCAAGUCUUUCACAUAGAAGGCUGAGCAGUCGGACGGAAAGGAGUUGCACAAGCGGUUAGCCGGUUUGCAUACUUGUGGCAUCGGGGAGGAGGAAGAAGGAAGGAGGGCUCGGCAAUGGUCACGGCCAUGGAGGAUACCAAUGUGGCGCGGACGGAAGAGGAGGAGGAGGCGCAAGAGGUGACGCCGCCGACGCCGCUCGGAGUGGGCGUGCCCGCCGUAGUCAACCAGGAAGCGGUUGCAUCUGGAGCCAUGCAGGAAGUGUUGGAUAAUCUAGGUGAGCUUCCCGCCACCGGGGGCGCCAAGGACAUCGACCUUCUCUUCCUACGCGGUAUCAUGGAAAGCCCCAUUGCUCAUGAACAGCUGGAAGAGGUCAAGCUGGAGGCGGUGCAGGACAACAAUAUGGAGCUGGUGACGGAGAUCAUCAGCGACAUCAGCGGCCUCAAAGUCAGAGACGACAGCGCGGCCGAGCUGUCGAGGAUCUUGCAGGAGCCGCACUUUAAGUCCCUUCUGGAGGCCCACGACAUGGUGGCCUCCAAAUGCUACGAAGUCCCGCCCCCUGCCGAGAUGACAAACGACGCGGCGGUAAACAGCGCUCUGAUGCAGGCGGACGCCGUGCGCAUGAUCGGCAUCCGGAAGAAGGCCGGCGAGCCCCUGGGCGUCACCUUUCGCGUGGAGAAAGACGAGCUGGUGAUUGCCAGGAUCCUUCAUGGCGGCAUGAUUGACAGGCAAGGACUUCUCCACGUCGGCGACAUCAUCAAGGAAGUGAACGGCAAGGACGUGGGCAACAAUCCCACCGAGCUACAGGAAAUGCUCAAAGACUGCAGCGGCGGGAUCACCCUGAAGAUACUCCCGAGCUAUCGUGACGCCCCCGCACCCCCGCAGGUCUACGUGCGGCCCUACUUUGAUUACGACCCGGCCAACGACAACCUGAUCCCUUGCCGAGAGGCCGGCAUGGCGUUCAAACGAGGUGACGUUCUACAGAUUGUCAAUCGAGAAGAUCCCAACUGGUGGCAGGCUUGUCAUGUGGUGGGCGGGGCAACAGGGCUGAUACCCAGUCAGUUCUUGGAAGAGAAGAGGAAAGCUUUUGUUCCUCGGGACUUUGAUGGAUCAGGCAUCCUUUGUGGCACCAUUGCUGGGAAGAAGAAGAAAAAGAUGAUGUAUCUGACCGCCAAGAAUGCAGAGUUCGACAGACACGAGCUGCAGAUCUACGAAGAAGUGGCCAAGGUUCCUCCAUUCCAAAGAAAGACCUUAGUUCUGAUUGGUGCUCAAGGCGUGGGCCGACGAAGCCUCAAGAACCGGCUGAUGAUCUUUCAGCCCAGUCGCUUCGGAACCACCAUACCAUACACGUCCCGGCGUCCCCGCGACGAGGAGCUGGACGGCAACUCGUACCACUUCACCUCCAGGACGGAGAUGGAAGUGGACGUGAAAGCCGGCCGCUUCCUGGAGCACGGCGAGUACGACGGCAACCUGUACGGCACCAAGAUGGAGUCCAUCCACGAAGUGGUGGACGCUGGGCGGACGUGCAUCCUCGACGUCAACCCGCAGGCUCUGAAGGUCCUGAAAACCGCAGAGUUCAUGCCUUACGUGGUGUUCAUCGCCGCGCCGGAUUUCGACACCCUCAAGGGCAUGCACAAAGCCGUCGUGGACGCGGGCCUCACCACCAAACAGCUCACGGACGUGGACCUCAAGAAGACGGUAGACGAGAGCGCUCGCAUUCACAGGGCUUACGGCCACUACUUUGACCUAAUAAUCACCAACGACAACCUGGACAAAGCCUUCGACACGUUACAGGCCGCCGUGGACAAACUGCGCACUGAAUCUCAGUGGGUCCCCGUGAACUGGGUCUACUGAAGACCCCCAAAGCGUAACCGGGCCGAAAAGGAGGAAAGAUGACGAGGAGAACCCAGAGCUACAAAUACUCCUGCUAAAUUCGAACACUCACCGUCUUCUGGGGCUCGCGACUUUUUUUCUACUUUGACUCAAAGGGAAAGAAGGCUUAUUUAUUUUGUAACUUUUUAUGAAAGAUCUUUAUAAUGUGCGGCGAAAAAGGUUAAGGCGCAUUCUUUGUUUCAGCUAGCAGUCCAUGUCUCAACCUGUGUUAAUAUUAGCAUAUUUCAAAUCACUGGCGAUACUAGUUUUUUUUUUUUGGGGUGUGUAAAUCGUUAUUCAUGAUCAAACACGGUUCAUAUUUUUUGUCGUUCAAUGUCGUAGUCUUCUUUUGCUGUCACCAACCAUUCUGCCUGCUUGUCUGUCUGAAGGACAUGACCUUCACACUGUCCUCAACUUCAAGCCAACGUGUUCUAAGUUGGACACGACAACCUUAAGGGCAAAGCUCUUUUAGACCGCAGAAAAUCAGUUCAGUUAAGCGUACGUCUAUUUAUUGUAACUAGUUCCAUUUUUCAUCUCUAUUUCGAUCCCGGUGCCACAAUGUAGAAAACCUGCUGCCUGCUGAACCUGUUUUCAUACAUCAUCCCAUGUCAAAAGAUUUGUUUCUACAUUUUUAUCGUCAAAUUUAAGAUGAAUAAAGGUGAUUGCAUUUCA